AUGUUCGACAUACUAUUUGGGAUUAUCGCAAGUCUGCUGCUUGUUCAAGCAGCUCCUUCUCCAGUCCUAUUUACAAAGGCAGAUGUCGAUUCCUCCGUUCUGAACAAUCUCGAUCUUUUUGCACAAUACAGUGCCGCCUCAUACUGUCUAGAGAACUUGAAUUCCUCCAAUACUAAGCUUGAAUGCUCUGUUGGAAAUUGUCCGCUAGUAGAAGCGGCGUCGACUGUCACAUUAGAUGAGUUUGAUGAAUCCUCAUCAUUUGGCGAUGUCACCGGUUUUAUCGCAGCAGAUGAGACGAAUAAACUCCUAGUUCUUUCAUUCCGGGGCAGCUCUGAUAUUGCCAACUGGAUAGCCGAUCUCGACUUUGGACUCACAGAUGGCAGCGAUCUAUGCUCUGGCUGUAAAGUGCAUAGCGGCUUCUGGGAGGCUUGGGGGACUGUUUCCGAUAAUAUCACUUCGAUCAUUGAAUCUGCCACUGCAAAGUAUCCAAACUAUGAGCUUGCUUUCACAGGGCAUAGUUACGGUGCUGCCCUGGCUGCUGUUGCGGCUGUUGUUUUUAGGAAUUCGGGAUAUACGGUUCAACUGUACAACUAUGGCCAACCCCGAAUUGGGAACCUUGCAUUGGCAGACUAUAUCACCAACGUGACUGACAAGGGAGACAACUAUCGCGUAACCCACACCGAUGAUAUUGUUCCUAAGUUGCCACCCAAGCUAUUGGGCUAUCAUCAUGCUAGUCCCGAGUACUGGAUCACCAGCGGAAACAAUGUAACCGUGACAACUGCAGAUGUCGAUGUGGUUACUGGGGUUGACUCAACAGAUGGAAAUGACGGCACGACAGCUGAUAGCAGGACGGCCCAUCGAUGGUACUUUGGAUACAUCAGCGAGUGUUCUACUCUAUACUAG